CAGGGGUGGACUGACCAUUUGGAAACUCGGGCACUGCCCGAGAGCCCGGAGACAGUAGGGGACCCCAUGAGAUGCCCCUGGUACCUUUUUCAUAGGCUUUUUUGAGUUUGGGCAAGGACACAGGGGCCCCAUGAUCCCCUAUUGCCCGGGGGCCCCAUGAGUUGUCUGUGCCACCUAUCAGCGCACAUCAGUGCUGCCUAUCAAUGCCCAUCAGUGCCGCCUAUUAGUGCCCAUCAGUGCUGCCUCAUCAACGCACAU